AUGGCAAUCAACGCCAAGAUGGAAUUAAAGGCAGGAGACGCAGUAGCCCCCUCGCCCGCCACUGCAAACAAGCCAGUAGUCUGUGUCUUCUGCGGUGCCUCCGGAGGCAACUCACCCGCUCAUCUCGCCGCCGCCCGCGAACUGGCCAAGGCCCUUCACGACAACAACAUGAAACUGGUCUACGGCGGCGGCACCGUCGGAAUCAUGGGUGAAGUCGCCAAGACCCUCGUCUCUCUCGCCGGCCCAGACUCUGUCCACGGCAUCAUCCCCGAAGCGCUUGUUAAGUACGAGCGCGACUACAAGGAAGGUGCCCCUCUGGACUCUGUUAUCGACGAGUCUACCUUUGGUCGCACAACUGUCGUCAAGGAUAUGCACACACGCAAGCAAGCCAUGGCCCGUGAGGUCAUUGACGGCGGCGAGGGUGGUGGCUUUGUCGCUCUGAGCGGUGGCUACGGAACCAUGGAAGAGCUUAUGGAAGUCACAACUUGGAACCAGCUGGGUAUCCACGCGCGCGGUGUGGUCGUCUUCAAUGUCGAAGGCUACUACGACGGGCUUUUGCAGUGGGUGCACACUGCUGUCAAGAGCGGCUUCAUCGCCAACAACAAUUCGAGCAUCAUGAUCGAGGCCAAGACAGGCGACCAAUGUGUGCAGGAGUUGAAAAACUACCAAAAUACCGAGGGCAGAAUGAAACUGAACUGGGACCAGAAAUGA